ACAGACUGCUGGGAUGCCGCCUCUCCCCUCGGGUCUUCCAGUUUCCCGGCGUGCUUAGGGCCCGCCAAAUGGGAGGGGGAGACGCAAGAUGGCGGCAGCCGCGAACUCCGGCUCCAGCCUCCCGCUGUUCGACUGCCCGACCUGGGCAGGUAAACCCCCACCUGGUUUACAUCUGGAUGUAGUCAAAGGAGACAAGCUAAUUGAGAAACUGAUUAUUGAUGAGAAGAAGUAUUACUUAUUUGGGAGAAACCCUGAUUUGUGUGACUUUACCAUUGACCACCAGUCUUGCUCUCGGGUCCACGCUGCCUUGGUCUACCACAAGCAUCUGAAGAGAGUUUUCCUAAUAGAUCUCAACAGUACACACGGCACUUUCUUGGGUCACAUUCGGUUGGAACCUCACAAGCCUCAGCAGAUUCCCAUCGAUUCCACAGUCUCGUUUGGCGCAUCCACAAGGGCCUACACUCUACGUGAGAAGCCUCAGACACUGCCGUCAGCUGUGAAGGGAGAUGAGAAGAUGGGUGGAGAGGACGAUGAGCUCAAGGGCUUGCUGGGGCUUCCAGAGGAGGAGACCGAGCUUGAUAACCUGACAGAGUUCAACACUGCCCACAACAAGCGGAUUUCCACCCUGACCAUUGAGGAGGGGAAUCUCGACAUUCAGAGACCAAAGAGGAAGAGGAAGAACUCGCGGGUGACUUUCAGUGAGGAUGAUGAGAUCAUCAACCCAGGUGAAAUGUCUUCCUAGUUUCUUCCAAUGAAAAAGCUGUGAUCUCAGA